AUGUCUAAUACUUCUGCAACAACUAACCUGAGACUUAAUGACAAAGAGAAACCAUCCAAUCCGUCCAAAACACUCACAUCUACCACGACAGAAAUGUCCAACCCAUUUGAGACUCUUGAAUCCCUUCGCAAGUAUGAAAAAAAUCCAGGACAAUCACAAAAGUUUCUGGGUAAGGCCGAAAUUUUCCCUGAACAACAUACCAACAAUACAUAUGGCAGUGCUUUUACACUGUUUCUAACUAAUUUCUUUGUAGAUCGUGUGGGUCAGAACUUUAGAUGGCCUGUCUCAAUGGAUGAUUGUGACAAGCGCACGGUUUUCUUUUACUUAACCGACGAAGAUGCAUUGGAAUACGAUGAUGAAACUGCGCUCAACCUCAUUUUUUUCUUUGAAAGUAUCGAUAAAGGCACAUUCGAUGAACAUAAAGACAGCUGGGUGUUGGUGUAUAAACAGGAAGUGAAAAAAUACGGGACAUCAGAAUAUACAAGUAAAGAGCUAGAAGACCUCGAAGAUGAAAUGCCUGGUGCAGUAUAUUUACCAGUUGAUAAAUUACGUCGUGACAGGCUUGUGAAGGCUCUGCCAGCAAGGACAGUGUGUGCUCUACGUACUAGGGAUGAACAUUUGGUUAGAAUUCAAGUUAGAAGAUUAGGAACGACAAAUUCUGUUAUGCUUGGUUACAAUUUUCGUGAUCCUGUAGAAAACAAUAAGUUGUAUAAAUCCGUUCUCGAUUCAGGUGCACCAGAAAUGAUCCUUCCUUAUCAUGUCCGUAGGAUAUUUGGAAGAAGAGGAUGGAAAACUGUCUUUGGUGUUACUAUCGGAUAUGGAGCACCCGCUCUCCUGGUUCAUGCAUCAACAACAUUUGAAGUUGCAAUUGGGGAUGAUAAUGGUUGGACUAAGUGGGUGAGUAUAGACACACUCCGAGUCUGGGAAAAAAAUCCUGGCGACCAAGUAGACAGCGCUCUUGUCGGUAACGAUGUCCUAGACCAGCUUGCCUUCGUGCAUGAGGUAGCGCAAGGAUAUAAAUUUUUAAAAGCUUCAAAUGAAGAUAGACCACUAAAAAACAUCAAAAAUUUUGGUGGCCAUCAAAGCAUUUGGAUAUCAAAAUUUGGUAGUAGUAAACAAGUGGUAGAUUCAUAUCCUGAUGGGUUAGGAGAAACUCUUCUUAGACAACUUCUAGGACUUAGUUUGCAAGAAUUACGUGAAAGAUUGGUACAUAAUAUUAUUGUAUGCAAUGGAAAAUAUCCAGAGCUCACACAAGAAAUUGUAGAUAAUUUUCGAACAUUCAUCAUACAAGAUGAGUCUUAUUUUGAAUCUUGGUUAAAUAAUUCUGCUGCGUAUAUAAAAAAUAAUGAGAUAGGAAAUCUUGAAGCCAUUAUUAGGCGUUAUUUACCCCUUGGACAAUUUCCAAAUGAGGAAGUUCCAAGGGUUGAUGAUUGGAUUGAAUGGAUAUAUAUUAUAGAUUUAGAUCAUGAAAAAUUCUUGGUGCAAAAUCAUGAAUAUGAAUGGGAAUUCAACCUUCAAAAAUUAUUGAUGUACGUUGAUGAUUUAGCGAAAGAAAACAAAAGCUCUAAUAAAAAAAUACGAUUUCUCAGAUCACUAUUAGCGGAUUGA